CCCCUGCAACCUCAAACCUUGCAGGUUGGAAACCUUCGAGAGACGUCAGUGGCCCCCGGGGACAGCAAGGAUGCAGCUGUCGACUUGGUCUCUCCUGCUGCUGCUGCUGCUGCUGCUAACAUUUGCAACGGUCACCUCCGUUCCGCACAAUCCAGGGGGCAGCAGAAGCCAUGGGGAAAGAAGGCAGGAGGCGAGGAGGCGACUGGGUCAAAUCACCCACAAAUGCAGGUGCCCAGGUCUGUCCCAGGAGCUGCAGAGGGAAAGCCGGGCGAGGAGACUCCAGAGUCCACGUGGAGAGUGCCCAUGUGACAACUUGAAGGUCAACCUGAAGAAGAGACCCGUGUGGCACCACAAGGGGAAGGAAGGAAGGGUCCAUUACCGUCAUAAGGAGGCCUGCCGCCUGUUCUGGAAGCAGUGUGAACUAGAGGGCCUCUCUCUGCCCAUAUAAAGAUUUGAUCGACGCCCUCGAGGAACAGCAGGAACCCUGCAUCCUCCCCGUCCCCCCACCCCCCGAAUUUAACAGAUUUUUCAGCCUGGUUUACAUUAGGCCUUCCUUCUGGGAACAGGAGCAAAGGAAGAUCUCUCCCUGAUCCUCCCAAAUUCCCUUAGUGUCUCACUAUCUUCCCUGCCCCAGCCCCUUCCUGAACUAGAAUUAAAGAAGACAAUGAAUUAAUUCACGCGGGCCACCUCUUCUCUCCCUCCCCGUCCUAAAUUUCUAUCUGUUCAGGAAGUAUCUUCUCCCGGGGUAUUUCCUUUCCGAGGAUUAACCCAAAACAUAAUAAACCAGGCUCUUCUACCCUCAGGGAGACAACCGAGGGGAAAACUUGCCCUGUAGCCUGACACCACACACAUCACACUAUGUACACACAAUAAAUAUUCAGCUCUGACCUUUCUUA